AUGGCGUUCGACAAUUUUAUUCCAGAUUUUUCUCAGAAAAAUUCGCAUCCCAACCAUCAAACGCCCUCAACAGCCUAUCCAGGUAGUCAUGGCUUGUAUACUUCGAGUACCAACGCCAGCCUUGCUGUUCAUUCCAUCGGCGCCCAACAAUCUACACCUCAGUUCACCACACAGCACUUUUCAUCCUACCAGCUCCCAUUCUCCAACCCCAGCUCCGAAUGCAAAUCGUCCACGAACGUUGAAGACCUUCAAAACUGGGAUACCGAGGGGUGGCAGAAGACCUUCCAAGACAUGGACUGGGACCUCAUCAACAGCUGCGCAGGUCUCGCUAACGAACUGGAGGGGACUCAGCUAUCGUCAGGUGUUGCUCCACCUUCGUCUUCUCCAGCUCCGACCAACGAUGCUGCACUCACGUUCAUUAACGAGUUUCCUCCACCUCCGUCUCCCUCACCACCUUCACCCCCCCCCUCCCUUCAGACAGUACCUUCACCUUUGAACGCAGUUCCGCCUUCUCCGUCUCCACCGCCACCCCAGUACCUCCCCCCCGCAGAGCCGCGUCGAACACGCGUCGAACACCCUACAGCGAACCGGACUCAGGGACCGCGAGAAAAGAGAUACAGGAGAGAGUUGACCGCAGCUGAGAAAGCCGCCCGAGCUGCAAAUCUCGCUUUGAAUAAGCAGAAACGAAAGGAUUUUCAUAGCGAGGUUGCAGAGGCACUCGAAGCCUUCCAGGACAAACUUCGAGAAAUCACCGGCAGUCACAACAAAAAGCCAGAAGAGGCUUUCGAAGUAGCAUGGUGCGCGUCGAAGUUGAAUAGGAACCGUGCCACCUCCUCCCACAAUGCACUUCUACAUUUUGUAACCAAGCAGGAGAACGGCGGGCGUAUACAAGGGCAGCGCAAAGACCUCGAUGAGCUCAACCACAUCAUGGCGAAUGACCCCAAGUACAAAAAUCUCAAAGAUGAUCCUGGAGCCAUGGCCAGGCUCAAGCAGGAGCUGGACGAGGAUCGAGCAGUGAAAAGGGUGGGGGUUCGAACUGCCAACCUGUCGAUCUCCCAUGACGUGCAACAUGUCUUUGAUAAGUGCAUGGAAGAGCUUAUUCUGCUACACAAGCAUACCGGUAUACGUGCGUUUCUUUAUCUCACAAAGGGUAGCGAGGAUUGCCCCUCUCAGCCAGCAUGGGGUACGACAGAUGACGACGUUCAGUCAUUUUUUCGAUGGCAAUUGGGAAUCGAGCCAUGGUCAUUGAUGUCGCAAUUCGAACUCUGGGUGUAUUCUCAAGGCAAAGGUACUCAGAGGAGAACCUCACAACAAUGGCGACAGGAAUGCGUUGGAAUGCUAACCAGCUUACUGCAAACGACGCUCAAGGACUUCAAGCAACAAAUGUGCUAUGGCGACAACUAUCGUCGCACGUUAGUCCAUACCCGCGGAGUGCGGCUCAUUGGAUGGCCAUUCAUGGAAGACCCCGAAGUUCAGAACGAUGACAUCCCAGUUCCAGCUGGCCUUGCACCAGUGCCGAAAAUUAUCAGCCCCUACAGCAUCCACGAGCAUGGACGACGUCAGAGUCCUUCAUCGGCGACUCUCAACUGA